AUGGAUGCAGAGGGCUUAUGCUUCACUAUGAGCAAGAACUCCUACGAGAGGUCCAGGGAGAACCAGUUGAUCGAGCUGUCUGAGUUGUCUGAAGCCGAGGGAUACACGAAGAGCAAGAGCGCCCGGGAGUUGGCCAGCGAGGUGCGUUUGAUGGAGGAGAAAAUUGCCCUUCUCACUGACAAACACGAACGUGCUAUCGAGAGCCAUAGCGAAAGAUACAAGAACGUUCUCGACCGUAUCCAGGCCAUCGACGACCGCACCACUAUUAAUACCGGUACCGGUACCGGUAUGGAUAAUCAAGCUCCAAAGGAAGCUCCAUCCCAGUUGCAAACCGAGGAUACCCAAGGAGAUCCCACGGAAAAGAGCAUGGUGGCAAGAGUUUGCGGGGGCUUCUCGGACAUUAUGAUCCGUCAAAUCAAGUCGGUGGAUCUUAUCCGUCGCUUUCCCUAUCUCACUGCUUUGGCAGUUGCGUUCUCUAUCUCUCUGCUCAAGGUUGCAUUUGUGGUUGUAUUCACGGUAUUCACCCAGCAGAGUUGUGUCCCCAGCAGUUCCAUCGUCAGCUCGGAUGUGCCCCCAGAAUCACUCAAAGAAACGUUUGAUCCUCUGAAAGAGUUUGGUGUCUUCAACUUCACCACUGGUGCCGAUGAGCUCAGACUCGAAGAUUUCUCGGCUUACAAUAUUUCCGAUAUCUGGACUGGUGUCACAGGCGGCUUGCCCUAUCAAACACCCAGACAUGGUUUCCGUGAUUUCGCCCGAUACGUUCUCCGAGAAAAUGCAUACAUACACGAGUGCGCUCGCUAUUGUAACGAAUUGGAUGGCAGUUUCAUUGGUUGGGCGGCGGUUGUGGCAGAAGUUGAAGUCUAUGCCCAGCCGGUCGCUUCCCGAAUGGAGUGUUUUUGUUCGUUCGUCACCAAUAAUUACGAUUUUCUGGGGUAUGUGCACCGGGAAACGUAUCUCGCAAAUCCAACAUGCCUGGUCGAAUACCACAAGAAAGAGUCCAACAAUCCAAACUGUACUCUUGACUCGCACACUGCCAAUGGGACGCUUCAGGAAGAAAUCAACUGGAACAACUUUACUCUCUAUACCCGCAGUCCAAUUGUUGUCAUGAGUUCCCUGGAACGUGGAAACUUUUCUGCCUGCGAUCAAGCCAAAGUGAAAGAAGCAUGUUUUGUUCCUACAUUUUCAGUUUUUGGUGAAGAGCAACCAGGUGGUCUCGGAGAAAAGCUAGCGCUUGAAAGAGAGAUACAGAUUAUUAAUCACGCCUGGGAGUCUGUGCCGCCCAACGUUGCUCGGGAGCAUCGGCCAGCUUGGGUCCGGUGUGUCCUUCCAGGAUUCUCUUGUGAUGAUUAUGGGUCUACGAGCUGCCCGGAACACUCGAGAUUUGCGUGCAACGAGCAGACGCGAGAGUGCAUCGGCCUAACGACUGUCAGCUACGUCUCUUGUCCACUGAUUCUUUCAACUAUUGGGUCUGGUAUGGGUUUCAUGGACCUCGUGGAAAUUGUUUGUGUUUGUGUUGUGGUGGGUCUUGUUCUCGCUUGUCGAGGACAAAUGCGGGAAGCUCUUCCUAUAUGGUCCGAGGCUGCAAACGAGCGCUACAUCGUCGAGCAGCUUCGAGAUGAAGUGGAACACAUGAAGGAUUCGGCUAGAACAGAUCCGGCCCGGAGUUUUUCUACACAGAAACAAGAGCAAGAGUGA